CUUCCUACCUCAAAAAAAACUUCUAUUUCCCAAUUCUGCACAUCAUUUAGAACCUCCUACAUGUAACCAUGAAAAUAAAUUUCAUCCUAAAUCUUGAUCUUAUCCAUCGAACACCUAAUUAACUUACACAGAUUAAUUUUAUCAACGAAUAAGACAUUUUGCAGCAAGUCUUCAUCACAUCCAAUUUAUAGAACAACCAACAGAGACAUGCAAGAUUACCCAUGCUUUUAAAUUAAAAAAAAAACAGAAAUCAACCAAAAAUGAAUAAAUCACACACCUGUAAGGAGCUGAAGGAUUAAAGCUUUAUUGCUUUAUAAAAUUUCAAAUACAAGUUUCUUCUUUGCUCACCCUCUGCAGCCGCUUCCCCUCUGGUUCUAUUUUUUUUUUUUGGCUUUCUCUCGGCAUCUUCUCCUUUUUUUUUUUUCGGCUUCUGCUUUCUUUCUCCCUCUCAACUCUCAGAUUUCUCUUCCCCCAAUUUCCUCCCCCUCCCCAAUUUUCCGAAUGUCCCUCCAUUUUAUAGACAAAAGUAAAACCCAAUCCUAAUGUGCUUCUAAUACUCAAAUCCCAAUCCCUAAGAUAACAACCCAAUCCUAUUUGGAAUGGGGUUUCUUAGUUUUCCCCACAUCUACCCCUUUUCAAGCCUAGAUUCAUACCUUUUGAGUUUAGAACUCCCCACUUUGAAUCAAUUUCGAACUCUUCUUUUGCGCCUCUUGUUGAUGACUUUCAAUCUCCGAAAAUCUCUUCAAAACUUGAGAUCAAGCAAUAACUCUAAGUUGCUGCCCAAAGCUUGUUAUCAAAUGACUGCAAAGGAGAAGGAUGCAUUUUUUAAGGUCUUAAAGGACAUUAAAUUGCCAAAUGAAUACUCAUGUAAUAUCUCCCGUUGUGUUCAAGUUAAACAACGGAAGAUAAUAGCACUUAAAAGUUAUGAUUGCCAUAUUCUUAUGGGAGAACUUUUACCAGUGGCAAUUCGAGGAUCUUUGCCUAAAAGAGUUGCUUCAAUUAUUAUUGAGUUGUGUCACCUUUUCAAAUGCUUGUGUGCAAAGGUUCUCAAAGAAUCUAAUCUUGAUGAGUUAAAGUCUCAAUCUUCAAUAAUUUUGUGUGAAAUGGAAAAGAUCUUUCCACCUUCAUUCUUCACUGUGAUGGUGCAUCUUAUCAUGCAUUUGGCAGAAGAGGUAAAGCUUGGUGGGCCAGUUGCUUAUAGGUGGAUGUACCCCAUUGAACGGUUUCUCCUUACACUUAAAAAUUAUGUUUCUAAUAAAGCUCAUCCAGAGGGAUCAAUUGCAGAAGCUUAUUUGUCAAAUGAGUGUUUAACAUUCUGCUCAAGAUAUUUGGAGGGGGUUGAGACAAGAUUUAAUAGACCUUUACAUAAUGAUGAUGAAGAUGAUAGGGAGCAUUCUAAUGAGGUAGAAGAAAACCUAAUAACUCCCUUAGGUCGACCAUUGGGAAGGGCACAGAUACCCAUGGCUGUUAAUCUAAAGAAACGAAAGAGGGUGCGAAGGAUAAAGCUUGAUUCUCAGUCCUUGCUUCAAGCCCAUCGAUACAUUCUUUUUAAUACUCAUGAAGUCACUCCCUUCAUAGAGCAACAUAAGGAUUUUUUAAAGAAAAAACAUUGCUCACCUCGCCUAUCACAAUUUGAGAUUGAAAGGCAUCAUUCCUUGACAUUUCAUGAAUGGUUUCGUGAUCGGGUUACAAGAAUGGAACAACAAGGUUAUGUUAUUUCUGAAAAAAUUAAGUGGCUUUCAAAAGGACCAAGUGAUGUUGCUUUGACGUAUUCUGGAUAUUUGUGUGAUUGGGCGGACACCCAAAGAGGAUGCAAGAAAGAUGAAUUUGGUUUUACGUUGGUGAAUUUCAAUCGUUUAUCUCACACUAGUAGUAAUCCUAGUGAUGACCCCUACAUAUUUGCCUCUCAAGCUAGUAAAGUGUUUUACAUUGAGGAUGCAAGAGAAAAAGAUUGGCAAGUAGUCAAGCAUGUGAAGGCUAGAGGUGCUUUUGAUUUGGGAGAAGUGAUACCUAUUAGAGAAAAUGAAGUUGGUGGAACAGACAUGGCAUCCACUUGGGUUAGGAGAGAUACCGAGGAAGAGGGGAUUAUUGUGACAUCAUAUAUGGAAGUUCAAAACUAUGAUGAUGAAGAAAUUGAUGAUUAAAUUUGAGUUUGUAGUACAAAGUCUAGUUAUUAGUUUCUCUAAUUUUAGGCUUAAGUUAUUAUUUUGUGUAAUGUAUGACCAUAAUUUGAAAUAUAAUAGUCUAAUUUUU